AUGAAGAAGCAAUCUCGGUCUUUAUCUGCGAUUCCUUACGGCUGUGAGGCUAUGCCGCAUGCUGCCUGCGAAAUUGAUCUGAAAAAGAGCUUGCGAGAGUGUGUGGGGAGUCUUCCUCUCUAUGCAAUUAUGAAUGCUCUUAUGUGCCUAACAACGGAGCCCAAAAACUUUACUAUGGAGAACACAGUUGAAAAGGAAGAGGACCUCUGUUAUCAGGAGCCUCUUCUAAAAGUUAUAUGCGCCACCCCCGUUUCUCUGCAGGCGGGGCUGACGCCUCCAGGGACAGAUUCCGCCAACCAGCAUGUGACUGCCAACUAUCCCUUGCCGGCACCCCCACAGCUUACUGGAUCGGAAACUUCGGUGGCCCCUGCUUUAUCAGAAUCGAAGGAGGAAUCCUCGGACGACUCUAGCAGUAUGUUAGAAAAUAAAGACCAAUCUUUCAUGCUCUCACUACGGCCGAAAAAAGGCCGGCACCUCCGAGCUAUGCGCAUGGGGAAAGAGUAUGACGUGUGGCUACUUUCAUUAUUACCGCAGCAGUCCCUUACCACAAGUCGGCUUCUUACGAUACGGAAGUCCUUUCUUUGCGAAUUUUCAAUCACCCCUCAUAUGCUCACCGUUGCACAGCAUUCUUCACAGUGGGCUGACACUCUUGCACAUUUCUAUGAAUACGUCCAUUCCCUCAAUGCUCUUGAUCUUAAACGGAUACAUCCUUGCCAUCAUCUGUAUCUGCCUGUCUUUCAUCAGCUCCAGGCUUGGUGUACGCUGCUGAAGUGUGCCGAUGGCUCUCCACUAUUCGACGGAUAUCGCGCCAGAUUGACAUUAAAGGUAUCUUCUCUUGCAAAAGAAACAGUGGCACCUUCAAUUAACACAUCUGACGUUUCUCUUGAAACUGUGAUGCAGACAGGAAGGCACUUGGAGGAAUUUAUCACCAAUGUCCACGCUGUGCACUUAUACGAGUAA